AUGGAACUUGUCAGAGCCCGAACGGACAUCCCUGUACCCAAAGUCUUUGGCUUUAAGCUUGAUGAUGCGAAUACUGCUCGAGCAGCGUUUAUUCUCAUGGAGUUUCUGCCCGGUUUUUCCGCGAUGGACGCCGAGGGAGGCUAUGAAGCCCAUUGGGGUGAGGUCCCACCCAAAAGAAGAGCAUUUUUCUUUGAGCAAAUUGCAAGAAUACAGGUGCAAAUGUCCUCAAUCAGACUGCCCAGAAUCGGUUCAGUUAUUAGGCGGGACAAUAACUCCUUCGAUGUUGGGCCGCUUCCAAAGAUUAGAGGACCAUUCUCAACAGCAACCGAAUUUUUCAAGGCUUGGGCAAAGCAUGCGAAGUUUCCUUUAUCCGAUGAGGAUAUCAGAAAACUCAUAAACGGCGGCCCGACGGAUUCUAUCCUAUGUUUGAUUAACGCGUUCCCCAGCUGUCUACGUGAAAUGGCCUGCAGAGUUUCGGCCAAUGAUAACGGCCCAUUUCUGCUUUAUCAUCCCGACUUCUACCAAAGUAACAUCAUUGUGGAUGAGUCAUUCAGGGUCCUUGGUGUCAUUGACUGGGAAGGGGCUUGUACUGUGCCAUGGGAAUUAGUCGAGCCGCCAUUGUUUUUGAGCAUGGUGCCUCCUGCUAUGGAUGACCCAAGAAAUUACGAAGCAAACGGUCAGCCCAAGGACUUUGAUAGCAGACGCCGCCUCAACGAGAGGGCUGAGUAUGCGAAAUACGUCCAGAAGAAGGAAGAGGAGCUGAAAGGAGAUGAUAAGCUCUCCCAGGUCCUACUCGACCCUGGUGCACAAGGACUUGCACACGCGAUAAAGGUGUAUCACGAUCCGGGGAAGCUAGAAUUUUACUGCAAAGCUAUUGAUGCACAUUCGAAUCUGAGCGGCGCCCCACCUAAAAGAGUUAGCAUGGAGCACCAUUGCUCGGAGCUACAGCAGCCUGGUAACAACACAAGUAUUGCUUUGCGCAGCAUAGCCCAACAUCCCUAUAGCCUGGCACAACAGGGAGCCACAUACAAUAACACUAACGGAGCCGGCCAGGGUCACUACCUGAAUCCAAACGAUACCGCUAUCGCGCUACACGGAAUUGCCCAUGAUACCUAUCUGCAUUCAAGCAACGCUGCUAUGGCGUUCGAAGGAGCCAAUCAAGGUGACUUCCUGAGUAUGAACGACACCGCUAUCGUACUACACGGAAUUGCCCAGGACCCCUACCUCGAUUUCAAUGAUACCGCGCUAGCGCUCCGGGGAUUUGUCCAAGACAACACUACACGGCAGUUCCCUUUAGACAUGAACUUGUCUGGAGUUGUAUAA